GUUCGACUUUAGAGCAAUUGAAUUACAGUCGAAUAGGGUUAGGAUUAGGAAGGUGAGGUGUAGUUACAAUCAUCAAGACUAAACAACAGUUAUAUCUACAAUAAUUGUAUAAUUUGCCAUUAUAACAUCAGCAUACAUAUUCCGUAGGAUUAAAACUGCAAAUACGAUGAGGAACUUAUCCCUUAAAUCAAGAAGUAUUAUAGCUUGCAGCAAAAAUAUAUUCAAUAAGAUGACACAAUCUUCACUUGUUAGUAGGAGAUUUGGUGGUACAGCAAUGACAACCCAAACACAACCUCAAAUUGACUUCUCUGAGAACAAAACAGAAAAAGUGUCAGUAAAUCCAAUCCACUAUGAAGAUUAUUUUGAGGUAAAAAAAAUGGUUACCGUGAAGGACUUGUUCAAUGCCAGGGUUCACUACGGCCACAAAGAAGGUUCUCUCAACAACCACAUGUUGCCAUACAUCUUCGGGUCCCGCAUGGGUCAUCUCAUCUUUGAUUUGGACAAGACACUUCAACUGUUACAUCAGGCUUUAAACUUUAUCGCUCAUAUAGCGUACAGAGACGGCAUCAUUCUGUUUGUGACACAAUCCCCGCAGAACGGGUACCUGGUGGAACAGACUGCGCAGGAGUGCAAGGAGUUUGUGCACACACGACAUUGGCGGCUGGGGAUGUUCACCAACUCUACUAUGUUGUACGGGGCGGUGACAAGACUGCCCGAUGCGGUGAUACUCUUCAACACCCUGACUAACGUGAUGGAAGAACACCAGGCUAUCAAGGAGGCGGCCAAGAUGGCGAUACCGACCAUCGCUGUUGUGGACACAAACUGUAAUCCAAAUCUUAUCACUUACCCUAUCCCUGGUAAUGAUGACACACCUAUUGCUAUUCAGUUAUAUUGUAGACUGUUUAAAGAAGCAAUACUCAAAGGGAAAGCGGAGAGGAGAAGAGUGUUAGAGAUUUGUAAAAGUUGAUUUGUUAUUUCUAGCUAAAUGUAAAUAUAUCUAGUUUAGUAAA